AUGGAGGCCCUGGCCGAGGAAGUGGAUGAAGCAGAAGAUGUGAACUCUUCGAAUGCCAGCGAUGUUGUCGAUGACCAGGCAGCAGAUGUAAAUCGGGAGGAAGGCUCUGUCCUAAGUGAUGUACCUGCUUUUGACUGGAGCUCCAUUGACACAUCCCACYUACCAUCUUCGUACAAGACAAAUUCCAGGCAGGAGAAGGAGCUGCUGCAGCUUGUUGACCAUUUCCUCCAGCAGUACAUUCACCUGUGCCCCAAUCGCAAGCCUCUCUUCGUCUACCCAGUCAACGAGUGUGGUGUGCAGAAGUUUGUGAGCACAACAGUGAGGCCAACCCUGCUGCCUUUUCCAGAGCUGUACUACUGGGCAGGCUGUGCCACCUUUGUCUCUGAUUACCUCAUCAUGGAGCCCCUCAAGUGCCCAAUCACGCUGCCCAGUUCACUCUAUUCCCCAACCACCAUCCUGAAAUACCAGCGAGGGAACUGCUUUGACUUYGCUGUGCUGCUGUGCUCCCUGCUGAUCGGGGCUGGCUACGAUGCCUACUGUGUAAAUGGAUAUGCCACCCUCGCGGUGUGCUCCCUGGACCAGUCUCAAGAGGUGUGCCCACGGCUCAGGAAGCCACCAGAGGUACCAGAAGAGAUUGACCCCAACCAGUAUAGAAUUAAGUACCCUUCAGAGCCACAGAGCGAGUUUGAGCUUCARCAUAUGGCCAAGAAAGAGGAAGAAAGUGAAGAUGUUCAAGAGGAGGAAAGAGAAGAAGAGGUGGUCACGGAGGUAGAAAAACCCAAGAGAGACCCUUGGCACGGCUUACGGGUGCACGCGUGGGUUCUGGUUCUGUCUGGGAAGAGGAAGGUUCCUGAGACCUUCUUUAUCAACCCMUUCACGGGAAAUGACCAYAGCACCACRGAUGAGUGCUUUCUUGGGAUUGAGAGCAUCUGGAACCACAGGAACUACUGGGUGAACAUGCAGGACUGCCGGAAAGGCUGCAAGGAUCUCAGCUUUGACUUGAGUAAUUCUAUCUGUUGGGAAAUGAUGUUUGCAGAGAGCGACAAGCCUUCUGAGUCACCCACUGAGUCACCCAAGAAACACACKGAUGACAUGGAAGAUGGGGAAAUAGACAUGACUUUUGAGAUGCCACUGACGUGGGUAGCCCAAAUUAAGGUAUCUUACACAGAAUUUGAGAAUCCCUUUUCCCGRGGGAAGAAGGUGAUCCUGUACAAUAAAGCAAAACAGGAGAAAUGGGCAGCGUAUGUGAAUGGAGAUGGGCUGGUGGAACGUGUCACUGUCUACGCAGACUCAGAGCGCACUGAAGAAGUGGAGGUGAAGUURUGGUUCAAACACCGAGAAGACCUGUUGUAUAUGAGGGAAGUAAAUAAACAAACAAAGAUGACCACAGACUAUUUCCAGCCAGGACACUCCCUCCUUCUUAAAGCUCACUCCUAUACGUCGAUGGAACCUGAGACUGGCCACACAAUGGAGUUUUACCAUGAGGCGCGAGUUGAUAACCUCUGGAAACGUUCUGAAAGUGCUACUGAGAUGACAGAGUACUUCAUGGGGCGGAGAGAUUUCCUGCACACGCGGCACAUAGAGUUUGGUGAAAGAGAAACGGAAACGGAAACGGCUGGCACCAAAACUGAUACCAGCCCCCGGCCUAUAGUGCAAAUCAAGGAGCUUUUCCACAGAAAUCCAGAAAAGCCUGCUGAUGAAGAUGUAAAGGAACGUAUCUUUAUGGUCAUAGAUGAUGUCAUCCAGCUGACAUAUCAUCUCGAGGUUAAUGACACCGUUGCCUCAAAGGUGGUUUUCUGCAGAGUAAUAGGGAGGGAGAAGAGAGAAGAGGAAAUCUUCCUGAGCCGAGARAACUCUGUCACAUACCAGCCAUGGUCCUCUGAGAAACACAAGAACAUGCUCCUUCUGUAUGACUUGCUGUGGGAGCUGAGAGCAGACCAGAGGCAGCUGAAGCAACAAGUCCGGGACUCUGAAGCAGAGACUAUAAGUAUUUUGGCGUUCCGUGAGGAGGAAGAAGCCAAUAUUAAAUUGUCAGUUUCAAUGUAUAACACUGCAAAGAGAGAACAGCAGGAAACCACGGUGCUGGAAGAAGAGCAGAAGAGCUCCCAGAAUGAUKUGGAGAAUGAGAGUCUGCUCAUGGGAGGGGAUGAUGAAUCCCUUGCCUAUCACACUGCAACCAACUCCACACUCUAGAGACACUGCAGGGAUUGGGAAUAACUGCCUGAGCAAUGUCCAGGGGAGGUUUUUAAGUCAAUCACCUAGGAACUUGGCACUGAAGCUACUCUGUAAAAUACUCUAGUCCAAGUCCCACUGCAAUUUUCCUCUGAUAUCCUCCUUCUUGUUCUAGGGAAAAGCAGUUGGCACAAUAGAAACACCAUUUUCCUAAAGAGAYGCUGCUCAGGAAUCCUCACCUGGCUGGGCACCUUGAACAUGACUGAUUUCUUCAUUGUUUUUCUGGAGUUUCCUGCA